AUUUGGGUUUGGUUUCGUAAUUCUGUUCAAUUCAUUCUGAUAUGUCAAAAACAAAGAUUGUUUCCAAGGCCUUGAUCGUGGUUUUCGUUUGUUUUGCCAUCCUCUGCUUUUUCGGUGAUUGGCAAAGGGAGAUAAGUAAAAAACGAUUUCAGGUCUUGUUAGAUAAAGAGAAACGUAUGAAAAAUGUUUAUCGAAGAAGUGUUGACAACAAACUAGAACGAGAAGACGCCAACAUUACAUUCAACGAUUCUCUUCGCCUGGAGAUAGCUAAUUACUCUUCAAAAGUUGGCGAAGCAGGUAAUUCCGACAUCGACGGCAAUACUAGAGUAGGUGUGCCCCCGAUUCAGACUGGUGUAACCGAGUAUAUCACUAACUUACUCAAACAAGCCGAUUCUGUUCGACCAACUGCUCAAGCGCCUGUCGGACAAGUACCUCUUCCCCCGCAAUUGAUGGCUGUUGUACCGGAAAACGGCGGGCAGUCUGUUGGAGAGCCUGGGAAUCUCCCAGUUGAUUCUUCAUCCGAACUUCAAGCUAAUUAUGAAGGUGGUGGGGAUGGUUUGCUUGAUAUAGACGAAGAAUACGUUGACGAUGGUUAUGUAGCAGAUGCGUAUGCAGAAAAUCGUUAUCUUCGACCGGAUUAUAUGAAUGAAGCCCAACUUGACAAGUUGUUGCAACUGCACAACCAAGUCCGGUCGUCUGUUACUCCAACUGCUGAUCAGAUGCUGAAAAUGUCAUGGGAUUACGACCUCGAAGGACACGCAUGGGAACAUACCCACAGAUGCCAGUUCAAUCCGAGCCAAAAGCAUACUAGAGCUAUCGAAAACUUCCAAAACGUUGGAGAAAAUCUGUGGCUAUUUUGGGGAAUUCCUCUAGAACAGUUCAAUCCUGAAAAUGUGAUAUCAUCGUGGAUGAAGGAGCAAAAAUACUUUGAUGCCUCAUUGAGGUCAUGCAUUGCAGGAGCUUGUGAACGUUACACCCAACUCAUUUGGUCACUGUCGUACAAGCUCGGAUGUGCGUGGAACUGGUGCGAUAACAUAGUUGUUCAUGGAUUCAGAGUUACAGGAGCAACAUUUUUGGCUUGUCAUUAUGCACCAGGAGGCAACGAUUACCAAAUGAUCCCAUAUUAUCACGGUGUUACAUGCUCUUUCUGUGACCCAAACGACUAUUGUGAUCAAAGGCUGUGCGCCAAUCCAGAGCGUGAUCAACUUACCGGGGUGCCGCCAUUUCCCACCGAGCCUCCAACAACAACGCCUUUGACAACAACAACGAAAUCAUUGAGCGAGGAAGCAAAAAUUGCUCUAAUAGUUGUCGGAUCGUUGGCAGGGUGUACAAUAUUUUUUAACUAUUGCAAUACACACUGGGGUUAGGAUUGCACGGCGACGUGCAGAAGGCAGAGUAUCAGAUUAUUUCAAAGGUAUUCCGCGAAAAUUGAGUGUAUGGUACGAAAACAAGCGACAUCCAAACCAGGCAUUCAACAAUGUCGAAGGCGGUGACGAAGACCAUAAUUCCAAUAAAUCAACAGCUAAAUCGCGUUCUAAAGCUUCUAUCGAGUACCACGCCAAUCUUUGGAACGACUGAUGUUUUUCUAUUUAUGGGGUUUCUUUAUUGUAUUGACACUUCAAUGAACAUGAAUAAAAAAUACUUAUUAUAAAGAUAUAGCGCAGUGAUUUGAAUACACGUUAUAAUA